GAUCUACUGCGCAUGCGUCACGCGACCUGAUCUGGAUGUCAACGGUUACACAUGGCGCGUGAGAGGACGCACGCUUAGAGAUGCUCACGAGCCGUUUACCGACGAGUUUUGACUGACAGCGCGCGUGCGUGACACGCCGAGGAGUUAACACACUAAUUAAUUAAUUAAUAAUCCAACAACGGAGCCGGGAAAUGUUUCGACAGGCGAAGGCGGCGCUCCGGAAACUUCGACACAUACGGUUCAGUGGACAGCAGCACACAUGGAGGCUGAAGAGCACUUCAGCAAGAGACCGAGCCCUGCAGUACAAACCAGGAGAGCAGAUCCACGGCUUCACAGUCAGAGAGGUCGUAGCGGUCCCCGACUUGUUCCUCACAGCAGUGAAGCUGACCCAUGACAAAACCGGAGCUCGGUACCUCCACGCAGCCCGCGAUGACUCCAACAACCUCUUCAGCGUCCAGUUCAGAACGACCCCCAUGGACAGCACGGGGGUCCCUCACAUCCUGGAGCACACGGUGCUCUGUGGAUCGGAGAAGUAUCCCUGCAGAGACCCUUUCUUCAAGAUGCUCAACAGGUCCCUGUCCACCUUCAUGAACGCGUUCACAGCCAGCGACUACACCAUGUAUCCGUUCUCAACCCAGAAUGGAAAGGACUUCCAGAAUCUUCUGUCGGUUUAUCUGGACGCGGUCUUCUUCCCUUGUUUACGAGAGCUGGAUUUCUGGCAGGAGGGCUGGAGGCUGGAGAACGAAACCCCCACAGAUCCCAGCACCCCUCUGGUGUUUAAAGGCGUGGUGUUCAACGAAAUGAAGGGAGCUUUUUCGGACAACGAGUGCGUGUACGCGCAGCACCUCCAGAACAAACUGUAUCCAGACCACACCUACUCUGUGGUGUCAGGGGGAGAGCCUCUCGCCAUCCCCGACCUCACCUGGGAGCAACUCAAACAAUUCCACGCCACACAUUAUCACCCCAGCAACGCCAGGUUCUUCACAUAUGGAGAUUUGCCUUUGGAGCAGCAUCUGAAGCAGAUUGAGGAAGAAGCUCUGUCCAGGUUCGACCGCAUCGACCCAAACACCGAGGUCCCCUCGCAGUCACACUGGAGCAGCCCCAGAGAGGACCAUGUGACCUGCAGCCCUGACGCUCUGGCUCCAGAUCCAGCCAAGCAGAACACGCUGUGUGUGAGCUACCUGCUGGGAGACAUCACAAACACUUUUGAAGGAUUCACUCUCAGCCUGAUGUCCUCUCUGAUGAUCUCUGGACCAAACUCUCCCUUCUACAAAGCUCUCAUCGAACCCAAGAUAGGAACGGACUUCUCUUCUGUCGUCGGGUAUGACGGCAGCACCAAAGAGGCGUCGUUCAGCAUCGGGCUGCAGGGCAUGGCUGAGGCGGACACGGAGAGGGUGAAAGAAAUCAUCAGCCAAACCAUCGACGACAUCAUCGAGACCGGCUUCGAGGAGGAAAGAAUCGAAGCUCUCCUCCAUAAGCUCGAGAUCCAGAUGAAGCACCAGUCCACUAACUUCGGUCUGUCUCUGGCCUCGUACAUCGCGUCGAUGUGGAACCAUGACGGCGACCCGGUGGAGCUGCUGCAGAUCAACGAAAGCGUCGCUCGGUUCAGGAGCGCCCUGAAGGAAAACCCUCGCUUCCUGCAGGAAAAAGUCAAGCACUACUUUAAGGAGAACACACACAGACUGACUCUGUCCAUGAGCACAGAUGAGGCCUACCUGGAGAAACAGGCCAAGGCCGAGGAGGAGAAGCUGCAGAAAAAGAUCCAGGCUCUGUCCGACAGCGACAAAAAAGAGAUCUAUGAGAAAGGUCUGGAGCUGCUGUCCGCUCAGAGUCAAACUCAAGACGUCUCCUGUUUGCCUGCUCUCAAAGUGUCCGACAUCGAGCCCACGAUACCGCUCACUCCUGUUCAGAUCAGCACUACAGGAGGUGUUCCAGUUCAGUACUGUGAGCAGCCCACCAACGGCUUGGUUUACUUCAGAGCCAUGUGCAGUCUGAACAACCUGCCACAGGACCUCAAGCUCUACGUGCCGCUCUUCUGCAGCGUCAUCACAAAGAUGGGCUGCGGAGCUCUGGACUACAGACAACAGGCCCAGCAGAUGGAGCUGAGGACGGGUGGCAUGUCCGUCUCCACCAUGGUCAUCUCUGACUUUGAGCACCUGGACAUGUACGAGCAGGGCGUCCUCCUGUCCUCCUCCUGCCUCGAGAGGAACCUCCCGCACAUGUUCCAGCUGUGGAGCGACAUCUUCAGCAGCCCUCACUUUGACGAGGAGCGCCUCCGAGUGCUGGUGAUGAUGUCAGCGCAGGAGUUGGCCAAUGGGAUCUCCUCCUCCGGUCACUCGUACGCUAUGACGCAUGCAGGCCGUCACCUGACUCCAGCAGCGGACCUCACGGAGAUGUUUGGUGGGAUGGAACAGGUGAAGUUCAUGAAGAGGAUCGCUGAGAUGACGGACCUCAGCCAGGUCAUCCGAACACUGUCCAGGAUCAAGAAACAUCUUCUCAACACCGACAACAUGAGGUGUGCGGUCAACGCGACUCCACAGAAGAUGUCGGACACGGCGGCACAGCUGGAGAGUUUUCUGAAGGAAGUCGCUGAAAACAAAAAAGAACGCAGACCGUCCAGACCGAACAUCGUCGAGAGGCCGCUGGACACCGUGAAUCCCGCCGGGCCGAGCAGGAAACUCAUCUCUGAGCUGAACUUCCAUCCCUGUCCCAUGAAAACUUUCUUCCAGCUUCCUUUCCCCGUCAACUUUGUCAGUGAGACUAUUCGUACGGUGCCGUUCAGCCACGAGGACUACGCCAGUCUGUGCGUCUUGGCGAGGAUGAUGACGGCCAAAUUUCUUCACAGCGAGAUCCGGGAGAAGGGGGGAGCGUACGGGGGCGGAGCCAGGAUGGGGGGAGGACUCUUCUCCUUUUACUCCUACAGGGACCCGAACUCAGUGGAGACGUUGUCCGCGUUCCGUAAAGGCGUGGACUGGGCGAAGUCGGGACGGUUCACGCAGCAGGACAUCGAUGAAGCCAAACUGUCCGUCUUCUCAGCGGUCGACUCACCUGUCGCUCCCGCAGACAAAGGAAUGGGUCGCUUCCUGAACGGAGUCACAGACGAGAUGAAGCAGAAUCACAGAGAGAGACUUUUCGCCGUCGCUCACAGAAACCUGGUGGAAGCAGCUGAAAGAUAUCUCGCCGUCGGUCAGAGGACGCGUGGCGUCGCCAUCCUGGGCCCGGAGAACGAGGCGCUGAAAAAAGAUCCGUCAUGGAUCGUAAAAUAAUCUCAUCACUUUAUUAUUCAGAAACAGACAUGAGAGGACGACUCGUCAGUGUGAGUCAUUAUCUGAUUCUUCAGAGCAGUAAUUUAAUUUCUACUUCUGUUAAACAUAUUUAUGUAAAUGUGACAUUAUCAUGUUGAAAUCCAAAACUGUCAGGAUAAUUAUGAGAAACAGAAGCCGGUUCAUGUCGGAUUAUUGUCAGUAUUUCUGUUCAGUCACUGUCUCCGUUAUCAAGUGUUCAUUAUUAACAGUCAAACGUUACAAAUGUUAAACCAUCCGUUAUCUUUGUGACUUCAUCCAGUGUUCGUUAUUAACGGUCAAAUGUUACAAAUGUUGAACCAUCCGUUCUUCUGUCAAAGGUUCAGCUCAACCCAGAGAAGUAAAAACUGUAUUUUGUCACGUG